UCCCUUUCCCGACAGCGCUUGAAGCCCACACAUUCCCUCCCCCUCUCCGCUUGUUUCCAGCAACACAAUCCACUCCAGCAGCAGGGCAGAAGUAGCGUACUAGCAUGGCGCUCGGUGCAGUUGGAGUUCUGUUGUCUUUCCUGUGUCCGUUUCAUGUUAGGUUUUACUCAAGUAUCUGACAGAGAUAUGAUCUUAGUAUACAUUAUACGCCUCUAAAGGACACAUAUCUUGGAGUUGUAUUUGGCCAAUAGUCCAGACAAGUGGCUAGUAUAUUCCAGGUAGCCUGCUAACUAGUAACAUUAGCAAGAAAGCAAAAAUUGUGAGAUACGGGGAAACAAGAGGAGGAGUCCUGUUUUGGAAGAGUUGAUGCAGAUGCCAUGGCCACAGCCGAGGUAUGGGAGUGACGUGACAGUACUCUUCCUGCUUCCAAACAAAAAUCUUAUCAGCAUCAUGUUUUUUCUGCUGAAGUAGUGGCAGAACACACAGAAAAUGGACGAGUCAGUAUUGUUGGAUUUGCUUGAGUGCCCUGUUUGUCUGGAGCGACUGGAUGCCUCAGCAAAGGUUCUUCCCUGUCAGCACACCUUUUGCCGCCGAUGCCUCCAAGGCAUUCUAGGUUCACGUGGAGAGCUGCGCUGCCCGGAGUGCCGGACGUUGGUGGAGUGUGCCGUGGAUGAACUUCCCAGCAACAUUCUUCUUGUGCGCCUGUUGGAUGGCAUCAAGCAGAGACCUCGAAGGGCUGGUCCUGGGGCAGGAGUCUGCACAAAUGGUACAUCUGGAGCCAUAGCCAGAGCACACAGCAGUGGAACCAGGGACCAGGGCACCCCAGGAGCACAGCCCCAGCGAGCUCAGGCUAAGAGCACCCUUGUCCGGGGUGUACCACAGCUGCCUUGUGCCAAAGCGCUCUACAACUAUGAUGGCAAGGAACAAGGAGACCUCAAGUUCAACAAGGGUGACAUUAUCAUCCUGCGCCGGCAAGUGGACGAGAACUGGUACCACGGGGAAAUGGGUGGAGUUCAUGGCUUCUUCCCCACUAACUUUGUCCAGGUCAUCAAGCCGCUGCCUCAGCCACCACCUCAGUGCAAGGCUCUCUAUGACUUUGAGCUCAAAGACAAGGAGGCAGACAAGGACUGUCUGCCCUUCUCUAAGGAUGAUAUCCUGACUGUGAUCCGCAGAGUGGAUGAAAACUGGGCAGAGGGAAUGCUGGGAGAUAAAAUUGGAAUUUUUCCCAUCUCAUAUGUUGAGUUCAACUCGGCAGCUCGGCAGCUUAUAGAGUUGGACAAGCAGUCGGACUCCAGCGGAGACUCUGGUGAGGGGGCCUCCUCUGGGCCCCAGAGCAAUGGUGCUCAGCGGGCAGGGGAGAAGAAGAACAGCAAGAAGCGACACUCUUUCACCUCUCUCACCAUGUCCCACAAACCCAUGCUAGCUCCUCCCCCACAACGCCACUCCAUGGAGAUCAGUGGGCCAGUCCUCAUCAGCUCCAGCAACCCCACAGCAGCUGCUCGAAUUGGAGAAAUCAGUGGGGGGCUAUCCUGCAGCGCACCUUCACAGGUACACAUUUGCACAACUGGACUAAUUGUGACCCCACCCCCUAGUAGUCCUGUUACUACAGCAACGGUCUUCACAUUUCCCUCGGAGGCGAGCUACACUUCUAUCCCUGUGGAUGCUCUCCCACCGCCCCCACCUCCUCCCCCACAGUCCUCCAUUGACGGAGCAGCAUAUUCAUUGGCUGCUGGACAAAGACCCUCCCCCAGCAUAAGUGACCAAAGUGGGAGACAAAGACCCACAGUCUAUGUGGCCAUGUUUCCCUAUACUCCUCGUAAAGAGGAUGAGCUGGAACUAAGGAAGGGAGAGAUGUUUCUGGUGCUGGAACGCUGUCAGGACGGCUGGUUCAAGGGCACCUCCAUGCACACUGGCAAGAUUGGAGUCUUUCCGGGGAACUACAUGAGCCCAGUCAGCAGGACAGCACCAGGGAACGCCCAGCCCAAAGUGCCCAUGAGUCUGUGCACUCAGGCUGGCAGAGGCAUCACCAUCGUCAGCCCCUCAUCUGCUCCGCUUGGGGCCAUUGUUCCAGAUUUCAACAAACCCCUCACCGUGUGCUCCAGUGCUGUACCUGCUAACUCCCAGUCUGCCGCUGUGGUAACAGCAGCUCAGACGGCCACAGGUCAACAGCCAAAAGUCCCUUUGCAUGUCAACUCCCAGAUGACUGUGAAUCAGGCUCGCAAUGCGGUCAGGACAGCUGCAUGUCACAGUCAGGACCGGCCCACAGCAGCAGUGACACCCAUCCAGUCUGCAACAUCAGCCACCUAUCUCCCACACCUCGCAGUGUGCCCGCAGCCUUCCUCCAGUCCUGCCCAAGGCUGCACCCGGGCUGGAGUCGCAAUGGGCUGUGCAGCUGCCUCUCUGACCCCUCCCAAUGUCAGCGCUGCAUCCUUGGACGGUGAUGCUUUGAGACCUGUACCUGUCCUCACUGUCGGCCCUGUGAACACAUCUGCUCUCAAUCCUGCAUCAAACAGCAUGGCUCUGGCUUGUAGACUGGACAAGGACAUCAAGAGAGAAAAGAAGAGUCUUCUGAAGCUGUUGUCCAAUAAGAAGAAGUCUCGUCCUUCACCACCCUCCUCUCCUACCCUUGAGGCGGAGCAGGCUGCUACUGGAGAGGUACUGCAUGGCGCAGUGGGCCCUGAAUCCUCCCCUUCCUCCAACUCCGUCAGCUGCCUCGAGCCUGAACCUGCUGUCGCUUCUCCCUCUUCAUCAUCAUCAUCCUCCUCGGCCCCAGAGUCCUCCCAUCGGAAGAGCAGUCCCCUUGACGGGUGUGCGCCUAUCGCUCCUCCUCCUCGCCAGCCGUGCUCCUCUCUCUUGUCUCAACAGCAUGACGCACGGCCAAUCAUAUGUGAGAGGUACAGGGUGGUGGUAUCAUAUCCUCCCCAGAGCGAGGCCGAGCUGGAACUUAAGGAGGGCGACAUUGUGUUUGUUCACAGAAAGAGGGAGGAUGGCUGGUUCAAAGGCACACUGCAGAGGAACGGCCGGACCGGGCUGUUCCCCGGCAGCUUUGUAGACAGCAUAUAAAAUAGACAAUCGCCGCCACCCAGCGACUCAGCUGACUGCCGCCGGCCUUGCUACAGUGUGUCACCUCACAAACCAAAUGGCUCAGUGCUUGCUAGGUUGCCGGGACAGGACCAUCUUAGUGACACUUAAACACCUUGGAGGACCACUGUGGCUCUGGUCACUAAACAAGGACACUAGAGGCACAUGAGAAAGAGCUGUAGAGAUGAACGUAAUAUGUUGUCAUUAAAAGCACAGUGGACAGAGUUAGAGGAGAGCACACUACUCAUGAACUUUUCAUUUUUGUUGGUUAUUUAUAUCUUUGUAACAAUUCAACUGUUAAAUGUGUGCCUUGUACUGUUCCUCACUUUAUUGUACAUAAGGACACAAAGAUGAUUAGUCCUAAAUCAACCAAUAUGAACUGUUGAUAUAGAUAUAUUACACAUUUUAACUUAUUUCAUAGAUUGGCCUUUUUGUAGUGCAACACAUUAAGGGGUUAAGCUGGCACAUGCCUUAUGCUACAUCAUAACACAUCAGUUAUACUUUCCUCCCUUUGACUGAUGAUAUAAGUUUUACCAUUCUUUCAGACUGUCGACAGAUAGGAGUAGGUAUAUCCAAUGCAGUAGGCCAGAACUAAUGAGCGCUGUCACCAUCACUUGUGCUGUGUAGUAGGAAAAAGUAUACUUCUGCAGAUCUAGGCAGGCAUUGCUGUAACGCGAGGAUCAGACGAGAGAUCUGCUGUAUUGCACAUUCGAGCACUCGAGCUACAGGUCACUGCCAAGUGGACAUUGCACAUCAUAAAGGUUCUCUUUGGGCUCAUCACAGGCCUCCCAAGUUUUGGUCCUGGUGUGGCUGAAGCUGAAGUGCUAAGGAGUGUUGCCUGCCAUGAUAAAAUAUUUGCAUGUGAUCAGCAAAGCCUUCUGCAGUAGACAAACUGGUGAUGGAUGUGUUGCAGGACUGUUUGGUUAUGCCUUUUUAAAAUAUGGAAAACACACUCCAGGAUAGACUUUGCAGUCAAAUGUCGCUUACUUUGUACCUUCUUUGUAUUUACUGACCAGAGUAACUUCUCUCCUAAGCCCUCGACAGUAGCCAAACCCAGACAUAGCUCUGCAUCACAAGAGUGACAUAACAUUUCAGUAACAGUGCACAACAGAUUCUCUUCAGUGUAGAUUUGUGUUUGUUAUAAAUUCCACAGAGGCUGACACCUGCUGCUCUUAGGGGGUCUGUUGUGUAACUAACCUGGACACGCAGUAAGGCACACAGGACCACAGUCACCCUCCAGGAGGAUCUUUGUACACUAUAACUCAUUCCUAAUGUGACUUGUGGCAAUAAAAACGCAGCUAGCUAAAGCACAGAAUGUUUGCCUAAGGUAACAUAUCAUUUUAUCACUCCACAGGAAGAGAUGUGUGGUGUAAUGUAACCUCGAAAGGUAAGGUUUUAUUGCGAUCAAUUUGACCCCCUUGAUUUUUGUCCUUUUUUUUUUGCGGGUUGGGUUUUUGUUAUACAUUACAGCUCUGCAGAGUGUUUAUUGUUAAGUGUUGUAUUGACUUGAAUGACUGUCAGCUUUCUUUGUGAUUGGAGAUUUGGUCAUAGUUUUGGUGCUUGAACAUAAAGAAUAGGUGGUUUUAGAGUUAAUAUUUGGACAAGUUUCUUUCAUCAGAUCAAAUAUUUCAACACUUCAUUCCUUUUGUCCUAGUGUGUUGGAUAAAUGACACAUUGGAUAAAUGAAUGAAAUUCUCCCGAGUAAAAGUAUUGUGAGGUAAAAUCAUAGACCGACUGCCUCAGUGUGGACCCUGCAACAUUGCUGUCCUGUGAGGUCUGAGGGGAUAUUUAAAUACGAUACAGUCGAGGCAGUAACGGAAUCGUGCCAAAUUUGGCUUUAAGAAUGAGUUUACUGACUGAGUUGGACCCAGUUUAGUUUUUUAUUUGUUUUUUUCGGGGGGGGGGGAGUAUUUUCUUGAUUGAGGGGGACCACUGUGUAACUGACUGCUGGAAUCUAUUGUAGUUUGUUUGAAAUUUGAAGAGUGUGUGGAAAACGAUGGUACAAAACACUGUUAGGGCCUUUUUUUUUGUCUGUCUGAAUUGGUAAUUGUGUAGAAUUAAUCUGAUAUGUCACAUUGUUGUCUUGGCAAUCACCACACCAACCUCAGGCACUAAGGCGCUAAGCUCUUCCUCUGAGUGUCUUUUCAUUUCACUGGUAAGCCUUUAAUAUACACGAGACUUACUCCAACACACAUUCUAAUCAUACUGACUUCUCAUACAUUUUGUUCAUGCACAGGCUGCACAUUUCUCAAAACAUAAAGCAUUUCUUUUAUAAAAGUUUCAAAACUAUAUUUUCAUUUAUAGGAACACAUGGCAACGCAAGUUUGCUUGUUUCAACUUAACAGAUUUUCCUCAAGUCGAGGUGACUUCUUACUUGAUUUUUUUUUUUUUUUUUUUGUCUGUAGUUAGUUUGUAUGUCUGAAAAAGGUGAAACUGAAAUCAGUUAUUUCGCACAAGUCUGUUAUGUGAAAAAAAUAUUCUGAAGUAUUUGAGGGAAUAGCACAUUUUGUAAAAAUCUCUAUAACAAUAAAAGCUAAUGGUUUCCAUA